CCGAGCUGCUGCUGACCGAGAGAGAGUCCUGCUCAUCUGACUCUGCAGCGCUCAAAUCCCAAACCAGCGCACCCACGGAACACGCAGAAAAGUGAGGAGGACGCAGAGAAGGAGCGAGAGGUCGUGCCUUUUCUCAACCAGUCUUCUUCGUGAAGCUCCCCUUUCUGCCAGCAGUGCCCCCCCUGCUGUUGAGGCUGUGGUAUGAGCCUAUGUGGCAGAAAGGCGCUGACGUUGCUGAGCAGCGUGUUUGCUGUUUGCAGCCUCUGCCUGUUGGGGAUAGCUGUGAGCACUGACUACUGGCUCUACCUGGAGGAGGGAGUCAUCCUUCCCCUCAACCAGAGCACUGAGGUGCGCAUGUCUCUCCACUCCGGGCUCUGGAGGGUUUGCUUCUUGGCUGGGGAGGAGAAAGGACGAUGUUUUACCAUUGAGUAUGUGAUGCCCACUAACGUUCAGAUGACGUCUGAGUCCACUGUUAGUGUGCUCAAGAUGAUUCGUUCUGCUACGCCCUUUCCUCUGGUCAGCCUCUUCUUCAUGUUUAUUGGCUUUGUGCUCAGUAACAUCGGUCACAUUCGACCACACCGCACCAUCCUGGCCUUUGUUUCUGGAAUCUUCUUCAUCCUGUCAGGUUUGUCUCUGGUUGUUGGUCUGGUGUUGUACAUCUCCAACAUUAAUGAUGAAAUGCUAAACAGGACCAAAUCUAAUGAGGCCUACUUCAGCUACAAGUACGGAUGGUCUUUUGCCUUUGCUGCCAUCUCCUUCCUGCUCACAGAGACGGCGGGCGUCAUGUCGGUGUACCUGUUCAUGAAGCGCUACACAGCAGAGGAAAUGUACAGGCCCCAUCAGGGCUUCUACCGGCCUCGCCUCAGCAACUGCUCAGAUUACUCCGGCCAGUUUCUGCAUCCAGACGCCUGGCCCGGGCGUGGCCGCAGUGCCUCCGCCAUCUCCUCUGAGGCCUCCCUCCAAAUGAACUCCUCCAACUAUCCUGCCCUCCUCAAGUGUCCAGAAUAUGAACACAUGACGUCCUCACCCUGCUGAGGCAGACAAUGAGUGACACUGUGUCGGCACUGCCGGGGUCAUGUUGAUCUACUCGGAUUUUGCCGUAUGUUUGUCUAAUAACGUGAUAUCAUUCAUCUUGAAGUCUUCACUUCAAGUUCUCUGCCAGAUUUACUUUCCCCCUUCUGCUGCUCGUUUUUAUUUCCCAGCUUUUGGGUUUAUUACAAAAGGAAAAAGUUGAGUUUAAGAUGUGCGUGUUUGUUUCCAGUGUUGUGUUAGACACAGCUCUCACAAGAUGAGAGGGGAAAUAAUUUGAUCAGGUUGUACAUUCAUCUGCUUUUAUUACAGUGUUUAGUGAUUGCUGGUUCAUGUUUGAAGGUUUUUUUUUUCUUAAAGCCAAACGUUAUAAUUUCAGCUAGAAAGUCAUACAUGAUCAGUGAUAUAUACUACUGUGGGUUAGGAGGACACAUCCUUAAAAUUGUUGAGGGGUUGGCUCUAAAAAGCAAAUGUUUCCUCCAUUAGAUCGUCACUGAAAGCUUCACUUUGCAGUGUAAGUGUUCUCACGUGCAUCAAAGCCGUUCCAGGUGUGAUCAUGUGCCGUCUGGGGUGAUAGGUCAGCACAAACCUUGUCAUUAUUAUCCAACAAACCAUUUUAUAAAUAAGCUAUGCCGAACCUGAAAUGUUGGAAGAUGUGGAUUAUGAGAGACGAAAUUUUAUAUUUUAUGUGAGUUGUAUUUAUUUUUCCAUCGUUCUUAUUCUCUAUUUCAAAUGUGAUUUUUUUUUUUUUUUUUAUCAUUAAAAACUCUAAUGUAAUUUAGCACGGUUUCAUAUGAACUAGGUAGUGGUGUGAAACCGCACAAGUUUUUCUGAAGUUUUAAAAUUGUAAUUGACUUACACAUAUGACUAAUUCAUAGGCCUACAUUAUGUAUAUGUUUAUGAAAAUAUAAUCUUUAAGUCUAUUCUUGUACAUUCUUGUAAAACAUAAAGAACAAAAAUAACAUUCCUUGUGCAUAAAUAGUUCAUUAUGAGCAACAAUGUAGAACAAUUUCACUUCAGCAAAUCAAGCAGCACAUGUAUAAAUACGCCUUUACUACUAUAAAUGACUUGGAAUGGGCUUUCUAGUCGAGCAGGUGGACUCAGAUGGUGGAACAAAGCAACAUAUUCACUGUUUGGUUGCAGUUCUAGUAUUAGAGUUAGAUCUGCAAUCCCAAAAUAGAAAAAAAUCCAGAUGAUAUAGAAAAUGCAGAUUAAAAAGAUGCAGACUUUUAAAGUUUCUUAGACUUUAAUCUUUGCAGAUAGUAUGAAUCCAAAUGAUUUAAAGUUUUUCCUCAGCAGUUUCAUGGGCUACCAAGUGAGAUAGUGAUUGAGUUGUUGCUUUGUCCCAUUUUUCCUAAAAACACAUUGGGAUUUGUUACAUGUUCUCCUCCAAAACUACCCACACAUUCUCGUCUCAGAACAGAGGAGGUCUGCAAACCAGCUGGUCCAGUAUUUGUACUCUCUGCUCCCUCGGCCGUACAUACCCGUUGUAAUGUGUCCAGAAUGUCGUUUUGCAUUGUUUUGUUAAAAAAAAAGCAUUUAGGUCCCUUGGAGAAUUAAUCUUGAAGGCCACAUGUGUUACUCUAAGAUCUCAAGAAACUUUUCUGAAGUGUAAAUGAGCAAGAACAUAAUACAAACACAUACUUCACACAGCCUGGCUUUUGGGCUUGUUGCUUGUAGUUCAGAAUACAUUGCUCUCACUUUUUUUUUUAAAGACCUGGAAUACGGAUUGAUCUCACCCCUACACACAUCUUAUCGAAGCUUCCAAGCCCAGAGACGUCAAAGCCACAUCUGGACAAACUGAUUGCAGGCUUCUGUAUUUCACAGAAACAUUUUAAGUGGGGGUUUUCUACAUCCUGUAGUGCUUGAGAAAGUUUCCCAAAGUCAUUCAAUUCAAUGUACAUGUGACUAUAUCAGCCAUUGAGGGACUGGAGAUUGUUGUCCAUCUUAGGCUUGUAACCUUUUAUAAAUGACAUUAUGUCAUGAAUAUUAUUUAUGCACCAAAUUGUCAUUACAAUCACCUGCUGACAUCACUUGUAUGAAAUAGCAUCUCCUCCACCUCUGUACAAGCACUAAAUUGUUAAUAAUGAUAAUAAUACAUUUUAUUCAUAGGCACCUUUGUAGAACUCAAAAACACUGUAUAUAAGGUGACAAUAAAACCACAUUAGCAUAAAAUACCAGCGUAUCUUAGAUGUAGUUAACAAAUUAAGUGAAGUUGAAGACAGGAAAACAAACAUGAAAUACCUUUGGUUCAUAUUGUGUGCAAAGAGUUAAAAGUCAAACUUUUCUUCAUUUGUGUUGUCCAUAUCAUGGCAUCUUUGUUUUUGAGAUAGUGUUGUCGAUAACAAGACAGAGUGACAGAAUAAGAAGCGUUAUUUUCCUAUGGAUUCAUUGUGAAUGUAAUACGUUCUGAAGGAAUUACUGCUUAAUGAGAUUCUUCUGCAUAAAAUACCUCUCUUAUUGAGAUUACAGUAUUAACCCAAUCUACAGAUACAUAUUUUUCUAAUUUACCCCGUGCUGAUGAAAUACUAUUCUUAGUAGAUACAAAUAUACUAUGAUACUUAGAGUGCCAGGGACAGUGUUGCAUCCAUGGUAAGCAGCAGAGUACGGAAUAUAUACAUUUCAUGCAGUAAGUGUGAGUAAACAUAUUACACAGAUUUAUUGUGUCUCGUGCAAACAUUUUAGGGUAGUUUGAUAUUUUUCUGAAGUUACGAUUAUUACCAUUCUGUAAUGUCGCAUGCUGUGAACUCCAGGAGAUAUUAAUGGCAUGUAGCAGCAUUACCGGAUCAUGACGCCCCACCUUCUCAACAAAGACAUAAAACUAUGAACCACAAACUGUUCUACUUUUGUUUUCAAUCAUGGUUCUGAUGCAGUUAGUUAACCUGUUAACAAUAUGUUAAUUUGGAAUUGUGUAAAUAUGAAUUAAUCUGUGUGUAAAUAGUCAUUUUUUGUAUAAAUGGCAGUACGUGUAAAAACUCUGGUUGUUCUGUGGUUGUGUAGAUUCAUCUGCAGUAAAUGCAACAGCUGCUCUGCCUCCUGCUUCAUCCACACUGAGAAUGUGAGCUUUUGUAUAAUGUUAUGCUUACAUAAAUAUAAAAGAAAUGGUUUCAUAGUCAAAAAUUAAAACAUCAAUGUAUGUGUACUGAAACAAUUAGUCAUUUUCAUGAUGUUACUGUGCUAUAGAU